AUGGAAAACUUCAACAAAUGGGUCAGCACAACUCCUGGAAGAGAAAAUGACGAUGAAGCCAAGAAAGUUAGACAGUCACUUCUCGAUAAACUGUCAUCUGAAGAAGAAAAACGAGCGAAAGAGGUUCAGAAACAGCAUGAAAAGAAAUUGGAAGAGAACAAUAUUCUGAUGGGUGUGAAAGCUGAGUCUGAAAGGUAAUAUAAUAUUUCAUUUGGUUCGUUAAUAAUUCACGUGAAUUUAUAGAGCAUCAUCAGUUUCACAAUCUCUUCAAGAUGUCAAAAUCGACUUUGAAAACAGCUUAUCUAACUUGGAACAAUUGAACGGUUAGUUUGAAUACAGUGGAGGUAGUUCGUGAAAAUCAAUUAAUCCAUUUCAAAAAUUCUCGGAUGAGCGACUUUUUUUUUUAGGUUUCGUAUCUGGAAUUUGCGAAAAUUCGAGCGAUUUGACAGCGGAAGAUAAAAUAAUUGAAGAAUGUUGGAAAUCGAAUGAUGAAUUUGAGAAAUGUUUGGAAAAUGCCAACGAAUAUUUGAACUCAAUCAGAGAAAAACAUGAUAUUUCCAAAGUUUUCUCAAAAAUAAUCAGCGAAAAAGAUCAACUAAAAAGCAGAUUAGCUGUAACUGAAAGUAAGCAUUCAAAAUUCAUUGGAGUUCGUAAUGAUUUGAAAAUAAACAAAACGAAAAACAUUAUGAAAUUGAAGAAAAAUGAAGAAUUGUUCGACAAAACUCAGUUUUUGAAAGACGGUCAUUCUAAACUCGAAACAGAAAACGGUGAUUUGAACGAAAAACUUGUUGAUAAACGAGCUGCUCUUGUUGCAUUGGAAUUCACGGAAGCAAGAAUAGGACAUGAUUCUGAAUUUGAGGAAAAAAAUAAAAAAUUGGAAGAAAAAAAAGUAGGUUAUUUUUUAUUGAUUUCGCACUUUGGCUAAGUUCGUGGUUCUCAAAAUUCAAAAUUGUACGCUGAACUUUUUAAUUCCAAAAUUUCAAUUUUUUCAAAAGCCAUUAUCAAUACAAUAUUUUGACGCUGAAAUAAGCAAUACAAAUAUUACAGAGCUCAUCUGAAAGUAUGAAUGAAGAUCUCAAAAGAAAGAACGAAUCUGUCAACCAAGAUUUAAUUAAUUCAAAACAGACAUUGAAAAAAGCGAUGGAGAAUUUGAAAGGAACUGAUUUGGUAAUUGAAGAAAGUGGAAAGAAACUGAUCGAGAAGAAAUAUCUUCAAAUCAGAAAUAUACUCGAAAGAAAGAAAAAGGAAGCGAAGAAUUCAUCGGUUUCGAGUCUUCAAAAAAGUAGAGAAAUCGAGAAAAACUCAAUCAGUGAUUGCAGAAAGCAAAUAUGUCAAGCGAGAACUCAUGGAACGAAAGAAUUCAAAUCAAUCAAAGAGCAUGAAGCAGCAGUAAAAAUAAAAUUUACAGAAAAUUAGAAGAAUGAGUAUUUUCAGAUUUCAAAACGCAUUAGAGCAAUCGAACGUCUCAACAAUCAAAAAUCAGUUUUGGAAAACAAGAAAUUGAGAAUCGAGACCGAUUUCAAAGGAAUAAUUUCAUUUGGUAAGAUCAAAUCAAUUGCUCUCAAUAGAACUGAUGCAUCAGAAAAAGAAGAUCGAUCUGGAACAAGUGGUUUAGAUGAAUCUGGAAUGUCUUCAUUUGAUGAUAAUCAAUCAGUUCGAACUGAUCUUUCAUUGACACCUCAAAAGGUUUGUAUUUACAAUCAGAAUAUAAUUAAUCUUUCAUUAAUAAUCAUUUUUUGUUUCCAGCCGGUUGUCGCAACUCGCGCAGUUUCAACAGCUUCAAUCGAUCCAUUUGAUCCAUUUAUUCGUGCUGCUCCAAUGUUAACAAGUACUCCAAUUGCAAAUUCGUAAGUUGUUUUUUUCGAAAAAUAUACGCGGUCAAUAUUUUAGAACACGUAGAAAUCCGGUUGUUGAUGUUAUCCCAAAAAAACGAGGAGGAGGUCGUGGAAGAGGAACUCGAGGAGGUAAACGGGGAAAAUAG